AUGCCUUUGAGCAAUGGAAGUUGGACCACAACAUCGAUGAGAAAUGGUAGAUACAGAGGUCUGAGUGAUACAAAACCUGGGAUUCCAAAGAAGUGUCCAUGUGGCUUUGAGAUUGAGCUUCGUGUCUCUCAGAUAGAUCCAGGAAGAAGGUUUUUCAUAUGCACUGGACCUGUAUCGGUUCCCGGACCACAUGUUAAUAAGUGGUGGGAUGAAGCAGUUAUGGAGGAGUUUGACGAGCUUAAGGGAAAAAUAGAAGAGCAGAACACGCAGCUCCUCCACAUCGCUAUGGAUUGCGGACGUAUGGACAAGCUUGUUGAUGAUGUUGCGAAGCUUAAGGAUUCCGGGAAAAAAAUGGAAAAUGUUACUCCGAAUGAGUUAAAGAUUGUUGUGGUGUUUGGUGUUGUGGUGAUCAUCAUGGCUAUGAUCAUCGCCUUCUUAAAGUAG